GCGCAUCCGCCGAAGCAGCAGCGUCGGAGUCGCACGGAUAUCCUCACGCGGAAUUGCUUUUACAUACCAGGGCUCGUCCUCCACCGUCUCUCACCUAUGCGCUUUCCACACAGGGAUGCAACUCCUCAAAUGUUUGGAAUAUAUUCGACUGCUGUAUUUACAUUCGCAAUAGCGGAGGUUGACUCAAAUCAUUGCGCUCGUACCUCUGCGUAACGCACAGGCGGUGGAUUGGGAUGUGCGCAUUAUUGGAGGUGAAAGGAAGGAUCGUGCCUGAUAGGAUUUGAUAAGGAACCCUAAGGGAAAUAAGCAUAGUUUAUAACCCCUGCGACUGGACACCCUCUGGUUUUACGCACCGUUUCUGUUCUCAAGAUCGAGUGCGCGAGAGCCUCUACUACUGCAUAUUAUGCUUUUUCUCUUUGACUGAUCGCAGCAUCCAAGAGGAACCUAAAGACUGCGAUGCGAGGACAGUGAGAAGGUGGAUCUCAGUUGUUCGGUAGCAUGGCUCCGUCCCGGAGGGACUGCAGAUGUGGCAUGAUCUUUCUGUCGGGAUGCCUACUCUUGUCCGUCUUGGGAUUUCAACCUGCACUGGCGAAGGUUUGCAACGAUUACACAAGGCACGGCCUGGACAACAACUGGUACGCGAGGGAUGGUGAGAAGUUGCCCAUCAUGGUCCUGAUGCCGAUGAAUGAAUCAGCGCUGAUGAGCAGCAUCAGUCAGGGCAUCGAACCGGCCGUUCAGCUGGCCAUUCAGCACAUCCGCGAGUCCAGGCAGUACUCCUUCUCACUCAUCACCAAAAUCUACGACACAGAGUGUGACAAUGCAAAGGGAUUGCGGGCCUUCUUUGAUGCAAUCUGCUACGGUCCGAAACAUUUGAUGAUCUUUGGAGGAGUGUGUCCAUCAGUGACUUCAAUCAUCGCUGAAUCGUUGGAGGGGUGGAACCUCGUGCAGCUUUCUUUUGCGGCCACAACUCCUGUGCUGGCAGACAGGAAAAAGUAUCCAAAUUUCUUCAGGACGGUCCCGUCAGACAACGCUGUGAAUCCUGCUGUGGUGAAGUUUCUCAAUUUUUACAACUGGAGCCGAGUGGGAACCCUGACACAGGACGUCCAACGCUUUUCCGAGGUGCGAAAUGAUUUGACCAAUGAGCUGGAGAAGGCAGACAUCCAGAUUGCAGACACAGAGAGUUUCUCUAACGAUCCCUGUGUGAAUGUGAAGAAACUGAAGGAUAAUGACGUUCGAAUCAUCAUCGGUCAGUUUGAUGAAAAUCUGGCUGCUAAAGUCUUCUGCUGUGCCUAUAACCUGAACAUGUAUGGCAGCAAGUACCAGUGGAUCAUCCCGGGAUGGUACCAGGGGAACUGGUGGGAGCAGGCCAACUCUACAAACUGCACCACGAGGAAGCUGCUGACAGCCAUGGAGGGUUACAUCAGCGUGGACUUUGAGCCCCUCAGUGCCAAACAGAUUAAAGGAAUAUCAGGAAGAACGCCGCAGGAGUACGAGAGGGAGUACAACCGAGAGCGAGAACAAAAGGGAGUCGAAACCAGCAAAUUCCACGGCUUUGCAUAUGAUGGUAUCUGGGUGAUCGCUAAAACACUAACACGUGUCAUGGAGCUCCUGAGACACAAGGAGAGGCACGACAUGUACCACAACUUCACAGUGGACGACCGCGAGGUGGGCAAGAUGGUCCUCGAUGUGAUGAACGAAACCAACUUCUUUGGAGUGACGGGUCAGGUGAUGUUCAGGAAUGGGGAACGCAUGGGAACCAUAAAAUUCACCCAGUUUCAAGAGGGUCAGGAGGUGAAGGUGGGCGAGUACAACGCCAUUGCGGAUGUACUGGACCUUAUCAACAACACCAUCAGGUUUCAAGGUGUUGAACCGCCGAAGGAUCGGACGUUUGUGCGUCUGCAGCGUCGACAAAUUAACGUCCCGCUCUACAGCAUCUUGUCUACCAUCACGAUCCUGGGCAUGCUGAUGGGUGGCGCUUUUCUCUUCUUUAACAUCAAAAACCGCAACCACAGGCUGAUCAAAAUGUCGAGUCCCUAUAUGAACAACCUGAUCAUACUGGGCGGCAUGCUGUCCUACGCCUCCAUCUUUCUCUUCGGGCUGGAUGGAUCUUUUGUGUCAGACAAGGAGUUUGAAACCCUCUGCACUGUCCGCACAUGGAUCCUCAUUGUGGGGUACACAACAGCGUUUGGUGCCAUGUUUGCAAAGACCUGGAGAGUCCAUGCCAUCUUCAAGAAUGUAAAGAUGAAGAAGAAGAUUAUCAAGGACCAGAAGCUCUUUAUCAUCGUGGGAGGGAUGUUGCUGAUUGAUUUGUGCAUCCUCAUAUGCUGGCAGAUCGUGGAUCCCCUGAAGAGAACUGUGGAAGAGUACAGCUUGGAGGCGGAUCCUCAGGGACGAGACAUCGCAAUCCGGCCUUUCCUGGAGCACUGCGAGAACACACACAUGACCAUUUGGCUGGGAAUUGUCUAUGCCUACAAAGGCCUCCUUAUGUUGUUCGGAUGUUUCUUGGCCUGGGAGACGAGAAACGUGAGCAUCCCAGCGCUGAACGACAGCAAGUACAUCGGUAUGAGUGUGUACAAUGUGGGCAUCAUGUGCAUCAUCGGGGCAGCGGUGUCUUUCCUGACCCGGGAUCAGCCUAAUGUUCAGUUCUGCAUUGUGGCCCUGGUCAUCAUCUUCUGCAGCACCAUCACGCUGUGUCUGGUAUUUGUGCCAAAAUUUGUUUCUAUGCGAACAAACCCGGAUGCUGCCACACAAAACCGGAGGUUGAAGUUCACCCAGAACCAAAAGAAAGAAGAUUCCAAGACAUCCACCUCAGUGACCAGUGUUAACCAAGCCAACACUUCACGUCUGGAUGGACUACAGUCAGACAAUCACCGCCUUCGAAUGAAAAUUACAGAGCUGGAUAAAGAACUGGAAGAGGUUACCAUGCAACUCCAGGACACUCCAGAGAAGACCCCAUACAUUAAACAAAACCACUACCAAGAUGCCAACAAUAUCCUGAGCAUACGCAACUUCACUGACGGCAAAGAUGGAGAGAAGUCUCUGAAGAACCACCUAGAGCAGAAACCCCAGGCUCAGUGGGGAUCUGCAGAUCCUUCUAGGAUAAGUAGAGGUCCACUAGAAGACAUCAACUCACCAGAACACAUACAGCGUCGGCUAUCCUUGCAGCUGCCAAUCCUGCAUCAUGCCUAUCUACCCUCCAUAGGAGGUGUGGACGCAAGUUGCAGCAGUCCGACAAGCAGCCCAUCCUCCAGCCCCCGCCACAGACACAUGCCUCCCUCCUACAGGGUCAUGGUGUCCGGCCUGUGAGCCCUAGCCCUGACCUGCACUGCACUCCGGAGAAGCGAUCAGCUUUUUUAUUUUAAGACAGACUGAGCAAUAUCAGCGGUUAACAGAAGCGUGUGAGCAACCCGAGGGGGUCCAAGUCCUCAUGCAUCCAUGACCCCCUUCCACCAUCCAUGGCCACAUCAGAGCAGAACUGAUCUUUCAGGCUAGGAGGGAGGUGACUGGAGGUCCUCACACAGCAACUCAACCAAGACUCCAAUCCUCUCGUUCCUGUCACCUCCCAAUCCUAUCUCAAUUAACUCAACACUCCCCAAAACAGCAGCACGGACCAACGGAGGACAGGAGCUGUAGCCUUACCAGCUAAUAAAGAGACACCUCUGUUGUUAGCCUUUCUGUGCACAUCAGCUCUGCUGGAACUUGUGGGAAAGGGGCAACGGAUGUGAUCGAGAACUCCUCCUCAUUAUUCACCACUUCAACAGUCAUGUAAAUACCAUAUUCGAACAUCACAAUGAGCUUUGAAUAUGCUGUGAAAUGAAUUAUUCUGAUGAGGCCUGGUGCUCCAGAGAACAUUACAAACAGGCACCAGGAACAAACACAUACAGCGUUGCAAACCGGUAUGAAUUUGUUGUAUUGCUUCAGUGUCCCAAUGGUGUGAACAAGUGGUUAAUGGUAAAUAAGACUAUUAGCGUCUUGAUUUUUUUGAUAAAGCAACAAGGGAGUGUUUCAGGGUAAUGUGGGCCAACUGUUCUCACCUGAAUAGAAGUGUACCGCACAUUGUUUUUCUUCAAAAACAGCUAGCAUCAUGUAGGCCUGUCCUUGUAACAGAGUGUCGAACGUACCACUGAUUUACUGCAAGUAAGAGGAUGUGCAACCACAACCUCAAAGAGCCCCAGGUCCAGCCAGGACAGCGACAAAACCGGCGAUUUUAGAGGGUCAGUCUUCCAUUACAGCCGAUCGAGUUGAUCUUGCAUUCUGGGACUGAAAACAGAUGCAGCCCAAUGCUUUGGAUGUACUAUAGUCGUCAUGUGACUGGCUGUUUCAGAGCAAGAAGACUCACAAAUUGCGAUAAUAACAGGGAAGUGGUACUCCUUGCAGGGCAAAACCAAAAUAUCCUCACAGAAAGCUGCGAGGUUACACAAAAGAAGUGGUCCACACAGCAAGACAGAAAAACGAUAUCGUAUUAAACAGCGGGACUGAAAAAUUAGCACAAGUGUAAUUAACUUAAUAAGAGCAAGUCACGUCUGAACAAAGGCUCAUUUUGACUUUCCGGUGCAGUCUCUUGGUUUACCCCUCCCUCUGUUUAUUUCUUGUUUUGUUUUCUUUUGGUUGUGUGAAUCCUUUACGGUCGUAGCUUGGGCUAAAAGGGCUCGGGUGAAGGGCAUACGUUUGCCUGUGUCGUUCCAGGGGAAAAAUGGCAGAAAGGUUCACCCCAUCUCAGAGUGACAUUGUGAAAUACAUCACCUAGCUCUUAGCAACAGUGAAAUUACCUCAUAGUUGCUAUAGAAAUGUUACUGUGUGCAGUGAACUUUGCACAAUGUCUUGCAGAGAUAGGGAGCAUCAGCUAGAGCUGGUGUUAUACUACUUUUGUAAAUCUGGAAAUGUAAUCAAAAUAUGAAUUUUCGGAAAAUAAGCUAUGUAUCAUCCGUAUCAAAGGCAAGAGUUCAUUUUAGUUGGUAUCUCACCAUUGGUGUCUUGGUUUUAGUUACUGUCAGAUUUGUUUCUGUACAUGUGUGCCUGUCGUGGACCGAAUUGGAUGACAAAAGCAGUGAUAUCACAUAUGAUCCUACGUCAAUACAUUGAGAAUUUCUUUAACUUGUAACUUCCUUCUGUUAUCUAACAAAAAAAAAGAAAAAAAAAAACAACAUUCAUGGGUAUUUAUUGUCUCACCUUUUUUUAAGCAAGAGGAGACUGAAACACAA